UUUCUUUUUUUUUUUUAAAAAAAAAAAAAAAAAAAAAAAACAGGUCUUUGAUAAUCAACCGCACAGCGUGUAUCUCUCCAAUCAUAAUCUAAUCACCAUCAGUGUGGAUGGUAUUGUCAAUGUGUUGGAUAUUUUUGAUCCGGGAAAAGAAGCGGUGGCUUGCCGAUUGCCACCCUGCAGUAUGCCAUGUCUAACUUACGAUGGUGGCGUCAAUAUUGUUAUGGCCCCCUUUGCUUCACGACGUAUUCACCAUUUUCAAUGGGAUGCCUUGCCAGUACCCAUGUACGACAAUUACGCGUCCACUUCCAAUUCUACCCCCAACGAAACUUCAGCCUCCACCACCGCUGCUGCCCCCAACUCCGUGACGCCUUGUCAAUCCACUUCGACACCCCAUCCGUCGGAAACCAACGUCCCCACUUCCAUUUCAACCUCCUCCUCGUCUUCUCUGCUUAGUUCACGCCGUUUAUCCAGUACACUUACCACUUUGCUGGGCCGUCACAGCAAAAAGACCAAAUCCACUGAUCUGUCUGACCAUGCCCCUUGUGCAUCCACUGAAAAAAAAUCAGCGGUACGACUAAGACGGCACUCUUCGUACAACGAUUACGGUUAUGCCUGUCAAAUGCGCACCGCCGAAUACAUCAGACAGUACAGAUCCAAUAAGCUGAUCAAACCUGUCCACCCCGAUUUUUCCGCACGGUUAAAACUUAUCAAUUCUAUCCGCACUACCCCCUUGGGCCGGCCGGCUUUGGAAACGGUCAAUAUAGCCAUGUAUCACGAUCAUGUAGCGACGGUGAAUCGGUAUGGUGAUAUCGCCUUGUAUGCAUUGAAUGGUACCACUGCUGCUCGCGUCAGUACACAUGAUGGACAAUGCGAAUGGAUAGAGAAUAAAGCCGACUUGCGGGAUGAUGACGAUUUAUCAGAUGGAUACAACUUUGUUCGCUCUCGCCUUGCCAUAGGCAGCCUUGGCAUUGUUUACGGUGGUCGCAACGGCCAACUUUGGUGGUUGGACUUUGGCUGCAAACCGAAAAGUAUAUAACUGAAACAGGAAAAUAAUGUACAUCUUAUUGUUCUUAAUUGAAAAAAGCUCUUAAUGAUUAAACCUGACCCACACAAGC